AUGCUAGGCCCUUCCCAAGUUCGUGAAACAAUCAUCGGUUCGUGGAGGCUGGACAGUUUUGUGUCCGAGCCACUCAGUGGGGAGGAAUCAUACAACCAGUUUCCAUUUGGCAAAGACGCGCAAGGAUUCAUUAUCUACACCGAAGAUGGAUAUAUGUCAGCGCAUCUAAUGAAACCUGGAGCACCUCGCUGCGCAACAAACGGGUUUCUCGAGGCGCCAAAUGAUGAGUUAGGCGUGGCAAUGAAACACUUUCUUGCAUACGCCGGACGGUUUGAAAUUCACGAACAGGCUGAUGGCUUAUACCUAAGACACAACAUAGAGGUCUCUUCCUACCCUGAUUGGCUGGGCACAGUCCAGGAAAGAAAGGUAUGGCUUAAUGGUGAUGUCCUGAAGCUGCAGACUGUCAAUGUUUUAGAGGUGGAAGUGAUGGCGGAAAGGGCGUCCGGCAACUCUGGACUCUAA